ACGAAGACAACAACGUGUUGCUCAAGUCGCUGCCUUUGGCACUUUGGUGGCAUACGAUUGGAAACUGAAAGAACAUCUUAUAAACAGAAAAGGGAAGAAAGAAUUCAGUGGAGGCGAAGGAUCGAAAGAGUGUUGAUUUCUAAGGAACAAGAUUAUGGAAUGUGUUUUUGGCCUGGUGGGUAAUGGCUUUGCCAUUGUUGCUGCCGAUUCUUCGGCAGUACACAGCAUCUUGGUCCAUAAAUCCAACGAAGACAAGAUUAUGGUCCUCGACUCUCACAAGCUCGUCGCCGCUAGCGGCGAGCCUGGUGAUAGGGUUCAGUUCACCGAGUACAUUCAGAAGAACGUCUCCUUGUACCAAUUCAGAAAUGGGAUCCCCCUCACAACUGCUGCUGCUGCUAAUUUUACCCGAGGCGAGCUCGCCACUGCCUUGAGGAAGAAUCCAUACUCUGUAAAUAUCCUCCUGGCUGGGUAUGACAAGGAGACCGGCCCGUCGCUUUACUACAUCGAUUACAUUGCCACGCUUCACAAGGUUGAGAAGGGUGCUUUUGGUUAUGGAUCCUACUUUUCACUCUCUAUGAUGGAUAGGCACUACCACAGCGGCAUGUCAGUCGAGGAAGCGAUCGAGUUGGUUGAUAAGUGCAUCGUGGAGAUCCGUUCGAGGCUGGUCGUGGCUCCACCAAACUUUGUGAUCAAGAUUGUAGACAAGGAUGGGGCAAGAGAGGUUGCAUGGCGUCAAUCCAUUAAAGAUACUGGAGCUCUUCCAGUCUGAGAAUUUGACAUUGUAUUGUUCCAGAACAUUACCCUUUUAAUGUCAUUCAUCAGUCUUGAUUGGGAGUGCUUGGGCUUCCACUUGAGCUGUGUCUCUGUUUCUUGAACAGCUUUGAUUUAGGAUAAUGGAUUAUAAAUCUUGAAGUCAGGACGCA